AAACCAAAUUUUACCGAAGAAAAGGCGAUGUUUCUUGAUCCGCAGGGCAGAAAAGCCAGCAGGGUGUGCUGUUAUCCACAAGAAAAUAUGCAGAUUCAGACACACCUCCUGUUGUUGUUAUGAAUAUAAAUUUUUCCACGAUGAUACUAGAUGUCACGUGGACCUUAAUGGGCCAGAUAGGGGAGGUUUGUGAAAAUCUGACCCCUUUUCAAGAAAUUGUAGAUUGAUCGCAGAGUUCGGCUUCGUAGGGGAAUGAGUAAUCACGCAACAGCGCAAACUGUGAUUUCAUUCGUGAAUUGUGUAGUCGGCAUCCAACUUUCCCUUAAGUCGUCGCUCCGUCAUAUUUCCAUCAUGCUACCUACGCUCUGUCUCUUUUUCAUCCUACCUGCCGUGAUUUUUGGCGCCAAAGAAAGAUCCGAUCGUCUGCCUGUGAUCUCCAUACCAAAUCAGGGCGACAUCAAGGGGGUUGAAAUUUCGAAAAAUCGGGUCCACAAAAUAAUCGCCUACUACGGUAUCCCAUAUGCACAUCCCCCGUUGGAACACCUGCGAUUCGCGCCACCCAUGACCGAGCCCCUUCCUUCAUGGGAAGGUGUCAGGAAUCUGACCACAUACAUGCCAUCCUGCCUGCAGAAUCCAGAGGAUUUCAGGGAUGAAGAUCUUCCAUUCUUCAAGCUGAUUGCGAACACCACAGAUAUGGACCUCAACGAAGACUGCCUCUACUUGAAUGUUUUCGUACCAACUGGAAAUGUUCCAACCGCAGGAUUUGCCACCAUUAUUUGGCUACAUCCUGGGCACUUCACGACUGGGAGUCCUGCCUUCUGGAAUCCCCACGCUCUGGUUUAUCGCCAGAGAGUCAUCGUCGUGACUGUCGCAUUCCGCAUAAAUAUUUUCGGAUUUUUGACGACCAUGGACGGGGAAGCACCUGGCAAUUUUGGCCUUAUGGACCAGCAAGCUGCCAUGACCUGGGUUAAGAACAACAUAGACAAAUUCUCAGGAAAUCCAAACAAUAUCUGCCUAAUGGGGUACGGAACUGGUGGUACAAGUAUUGGGAUCCACAUGAUAAACCCAGAAUCUAAAGAACUCUUUCAUAAGGCGAUAAUCAUGAGUGCGAACGUUUUGAGUUCGACUGAAAUCAAAAGACCAAUUGAAGAGAAGGAAUACCUAGAUAAUAUAGCACAUACUUUCGGCUGUAUAAGAACCCCAACCUCUCAGUUAAUCGACUGUUUGAGGAGAGCUGAAGGUAAAGAUCUCAUUCAGUUCACGUCAAAUACAAACUGGAAGCCGGUAAUUGACGCAGGCUUGAGUAAUAAAUCUUCAGGGUUCAUUCCAGAACCCCCAAACAUAUAUUUCGAAAGAGGGGAGUUUCAUCAGAUACCGAUAUUAACGGGUUACACACAUAUGGAGAAAGUUCUUGGGGUUAAAGGUUUGGACCAAAUAAAAAAUAUGAACGAAAAUGCCAGUACAGAUUUUCUGAACGCCUUGCUUAAGGAAGUCAUAACUUCUGACACCAUUUUUCCGAAUAUAACCGACCCAAACUGUGCAUCAAACAACAGCGAACAUAUCACAGAUGCUAUAUCUUUCUUUUACGGUUCCUCUAGCCCUUCACCAGAUUCUAGAGAAAUAAGGAAGAUUAUAGCCGAUUUCACGACUGAAAAGAAUUUUGCUGCUUCUACUUUCCUCCUUGCAACUUAUUCCAGCAAGUUCCAACCAACUUUUAUGUACAGAUUUGAUAUGAAACCCGUAACGGCUUCGGCAGUGGAGCAAAUACCAGACUGGGUGACUGUGCCUCACCUGUUUGACCUGUUAUAUCUCUGGGGAGUGCCUUACUGGGCUUCAUUAGACGAAACUCAGUGGGAAUAUUCAGAUAAAAGAAUAUCAGACACGAUAAUGUCACUCUGGACGAAUUUUGCAAAAUCUUCGGAUCCCUCAGUUGGAAGUAUAUAUCCAAUAACUUGGGAACCUUUCAAGCCCGAUAAACCAGGAGUUCUCAUCGUGAAUGGGACUUUCGAUAUGAGUAAUACAAAAAAUUUCAACUAUAAAGCUUUCGAAUUUUGGAACGAUUAUUAUCCUAAGGUUGUAAAAAUGGCUUCCCAAUGUUGUUCCUAUACAGAUUCGUCUACAAAUAUCACUUUUUCGCGAUAUCUGUUCACAUUAUCUGUAACUAUACAACUUUUAUAUUAUCUCUUAUUCCGCUAAAACUUUUCUGUGAAAAUAUUUUUUAUAAUUUGACUGGAAUUAGUGAAUCAAACUAUGUAAAAUUGUAUUAGGUAUUAUGUUAGCUUGCGUUCGACAUUAAAUGAUAUUUCGACUAGUGAUAUAUAAAAUGAAGUAUUGUUAUAUUUAUUGUCAGCCUUAGUUAUAUAUUUAACCUUUGUACCCAAUAUUUGAUAUUGAACUUUCUCGAAUUCCCUAGACGGAUUUUUUUUGUUACAAAAGUGACGAAUCCAAUUAAUACAUAUCAGAACUUGCAUAUCUCUUAAAUUUGGAUACCUUAUCUCUCUAUAACUAGAUAAAAUUGUACAUAAAUAUCUUUUAUUCUUAGGUCUAAUGCGAGUUGUAAUAUUGAUACAAUGGUAUAUUUUCAAUAAAUAUACAUUUUCAUCAACUUUA